CGCAUUGAGGGUGUUUCUGCCCGAGCUGCAAUAAGCGUGGCACCGGGUGGACCCAGCAGGCACCCUAGGCUAGCUAGAUGUAGCUAGCUGUAGUUGUGCGCAGCUGUAGAGCGGACACUCUUCACAAGGUUUUUGAGAAAUGUUUCAUCCACUCGACGGCAGCAUUUCCAUCUGUCGCCCCGCCCGCCGCUAUUGCUGGACGUUUUUCGUCGCGCUUUGCCCCCCAUUGUCGACGUUCGCGCGCUGGUCAGUUAGCCUCCGUGAGCUAAGUAGCCAGGUUUCCCUACUUUUCUAGGUGUAGAAAUUUGCAGUGACUUCAUUCCGUUUCUUGGGCUAACAACUUAGGGACACGUAAAGGUUCAGGUGGUUGUCAUGUCCGAGCCCAAGACAGCCACUCCAACCCCUGCUGGAGACACAUACAAGGGAUGGGUGUUCAAGUGGACGAAUUACAUUAAGGGUUAUCAGAGGCGCUGGUUCGUCUUGAGCAAUGGCCUGUUGUCCUACUACAGGACCCAGGCAGAAAUGGGGCACACUUGCCGCGGCACCAUCAACCUGGCGACGGCGACCAUCACGGUGGACGACGCGUGCAACUUCGUCAUCUCCAACGGCGGGGCGCAGACUUACCACCUGAAGGCCAGCUGCGAGGUGGAGCGACAGCGCUGGAUCACCGCGCUGGAGCUGGCCAAGGCCAAAGCGGCACGACUUCAGCCCGAGUCGGAUGACUCAGGUGACGACUUCUCUCAGUCGCCCCCGAGCGCACCUUCCGGCAAAGGCGGUGGCGGGUCGCAGAAUUCCGAAGUGCAGUCGGCGCUCCGGACCCUGGGCAGCAAGGUGGAGGAUCUCAGCACGUGCAACGAUCUUAUCUCCAAGCAUGGCUCCGCUCUCCAGAGGUCUUUGUCGGAGCUGGACAGCUUGCGUCUGACGGGAGAGGCGGGAGAUAAAUUCCGUCAGGUGACGGAGAGAGCCACGCUGUUCCGCAUCACCUCCAACGCGAUGAUAAAUGCCUGUCGAGACUUCCUGGCGCUGGCGCAGGCGCACAGCAAACGUUGGCAGAAGGCGCUGCAGGCGGAGCGGGAGCAGCGGGUGCGACUGGAGGAGACCCUGGAGCAGCUGGCCAAGCAGCACAACCAUUUGGAGCGAGCCUUCCGCGGGGCCGCCGCACAGGCCAACCCCGCCGCCGACAAUAAGAGCGCAGUCGGAGCGGCAAAAGGCGAGGCCAGCGACGAGGAUGACGACAACGAGUUCUUCGACGCUGUGGAGGAAGCACCCGAGUUCAUUACUGUUCCCGCGGACCCUCACUUCCACAAGAGGUCGAGCAGUAAUGCCAGCGGAUUCAAUAGUGAAAUGUGUUCAGAUGAUCAGUCGCUGAAUGAGGAGCCUCUGGCCAUGAACCAGGAGUCGCCCUCGCAGGAGUCGUUGCCGCUGAAGAAGCGGCGCACGCGCAUCCCGGACAAGCCCAACUAUUCGCUCAACCUGUGGAGCAUCAUGAAAAAUUGCAUCGGCAAGGAGCUCUCUAAGAUUCCCAUGCCUGUGAACUUCAACGAGCCCAUUUCCAUGCUGCAGCGUCUGUCCGAGGACUUGGAGUACCACGAGUUGCUGGACAAGGCGACCAAGUGCCACAGCUCGCUCGAGCAGAUGUGCUACGUGGCCGCCUUCUCCGUAUCCUCCUACUCCACCACCGUCCACCGCACGGGCAAGCCCUUCAACCCGUUGCUGGGCGAGACGUACGAGCUGGACCGCCGGCGGGAGAGCGGCUACCGCUCCCUCUGUGAGCAGGUCAGCCACCACCCACCGGCAGCUGCCCAUCACGCCAUCUCCGACCGAGGCUGGACUCUUAGGCAGGAGAUCACCGUCGCGAGCAAAUUUCGGGGCAAAUAUCUCUCCAUCAUGCCGUUAGGCACCAUUCACGCCAUCUUUGAGAAGGGCAACAAUCACUACACGUGGAAGAAAGUCACCACGACAGUGCACAACAUCAUAGUUGGGAAACUCUGGAUUGACCAGUCAGGAGAGAUCGACGUGGUGAACCACACCACCGGAGACCGCUGCCACUUGAAGUUUGCGCCUUACAGUUACUUUUCCAGAGAUGUGGCUCGAAAGGUGACCGGUGUGGUGAUGGACAAGGAAGGCAAGGCCCACUACGUGCUGUCGGGCACGUGGGAUGAGAAGAUGGAGUUUUCCCGAGUGAUGCAAAGCACCCGCGGCGGGGAGAACGGCUCUGAGGGCAAACAAAAGACAGUCUACCAAACCCUGAAAGCCAGGGAGGUGUGGCGAAAGAACCCUUUGCCUGAAGGGGCGGAGACCAUGUACUACUUCACCGCCUUGGCGCUCACUCUAAACGAGCUCGAGGAACCCGUGGCGCCCACAGACAGCCGGCGGCGACCCGACCAGCGGCUCAUGGAGGACGGUCGCUGGGACGAGGCCAACAGCGAGAAGCAGCGGCUGGAAGAGAAGCAGCGCAUCGCCCGCCGCGAACGCGAGAGGGAGGCUUUCAGUCAGCGCGCCCCCAGCCAUCCCGAUGAAGCUGUCGAUGAGGAUUCUCUUACUGAUCCAUCACUGAAAAGCGCGCCUCACGACCUCUACAAGGCACUUUGGUUCGAGCGCUGCCAGGACCGCAUCACAGGUGAGCAGGUCCACAUCUAUAAGGGCGGUUACUGGGAGGCCAAGGAGCGCGGCUGCUGGGAGGGCUGCCCAGACAUAUUUUGACCAUCCCCUCCCUCAUCAAAAGAAACGAGGGUUGGGGAACGGUGGGAGAAAAUCUCCUUUUAGGUUCUCUGUUCUAAGAGACCUCAAGGACGGUGUUGGGCCCACAAUCUUGCCGUGAGUUGUCGUGUCUUGAUUAUGUGCGAUCAGUCGGUGGCCUUCAUGAAGUUUAUCUAGUUUAUUUGAAUUUGUCUUAAUGUGACAUCGCUUGCUGUGCGGCUGUGUAUGUGUGUGUGUGUGUGUGUGUGUGGGGGGGGGGGGGUGGUGCGCGUGGGGGGGUCUCUUAUUUCAACUGUGAUAGAAUAGCGUACUACAGCUCUCCUCCUCGCCUUAGACAACCUACGCUCACUUGUCCGGAAAAUACGUGAGUGGCCUGCACACUCAGGUUUUAAAAUGGUUGGAAGUAAAGGAGGCCCCAUUGAUUAUUUUUUUUUUUGUUUUUUUUAAAAGAGAAACACUUGUUUUAUGGUGUGAAGAACAGACACAAAGUAAAUGCAGUGGUGAUUAAAAAAGAAGAAAAAAAAAAAAAAUAUAUAUAUAUAUGCAAGCACAUUUUGACACCAAAAACGGUUUUUUUUUCCCUUGUUGUUUGUAAGUGUACUUAAUUAAGACAAAGAAUCUAAAAACACCUGAUUUUACAAAUGUAUAAUAAUGUACGGAGAACGGUGAGGCAUUUUUCUGUUGUUUCAUGUCACCAAAAAGGGAGAUUCUGUGUUCGACCCAGAGGGAAGACAUAACAUUGCUAGCGAUUUUGUAUCCAACGUGAGAAGAUCUUUAAUAAACGCUGUAAAUGUCACACAAAUAGCUUUUGGUUACCUUUCUUUUUUGAUAUGCAUGAUAUGUUGAAAAAUGUUUCACCAUUCCACUCCUCCCCCCAUUCAAAACAGGCAACAAAAUGUCACUUUGCUGCUCUCCUUGCUUUUUGAAAUAAUGUCUCAUGUCCAACACUGUUUGAAAUGUUUGAAUUAUUAAGAAAAAAGAAUCUCAGCACAUAUUCAUUACGCCGUGGAAAACACGUCACUGUACUUAUGUGAGUAUUAUUAAUGCCAAAUGUUCACAUUUGAUCAGUUUAGUAUAUAAUACUCAAAAAUCCUUAUUGAGCCGCCUGAUUCUGCUUUUUUAAUUUUUACUAUUAUUUUGGUAAAAAUCCAAUGAAAAAUGUGAAAUCCUUAACUAUGUCUCAUGGCACUUCUUAUAUUUUGUACUCCACCGCCUCUGUCCCCACCAUCCGCAGUUCAUUACAUAACAACCAACCCCCCCCCCCCACCCUCUUCCCGGCAACUA